AUGGAAUCUCUUCUAGAUGCGGAUUUAAUUCAGCAUCUGAAGGGAAUGUUUGAGGCCGCACUCAAUCCUAAUGUGCAAGGAGAGAUAUAUUCUAAUUUGCAAAGUAUGAUAGAGUCAGAGCCAAAUAUUUCGUUUGAUAUUCUCGCAAUUUUGAGUGAUGAAACAAUUAGCGAACAAAUCAGAUUUGUUGCUGUUGCCACACUCAGGAACUAUCAUAAAUGCAUCCAUGAAGACAUUCUUCCCGUUUUUUUACAACAUUGCUUCAGUUACUUAGAAUCUGUCAUAGAUAAUCCAGAAUCGGUUUUUGUACUUCAGUUACAAGCAUUAUAUAUAACACUUUUUGAUUCUUAUUCUGAAUUAUUUUAUGACAAUCCAAAUUCAGCGAUUUUAGAUCUUUUAUCAAAAGAUAAUACAGCAUCCAUUGGACUCCAAUGCAUCCGCGAUCAAAUACAGAAAGAUAAUUUUCCAAACGAAGAUUUUCUUCAAUUUUUACUCAAAUUUAUUGAAGAAUCAUAUGCUCCAACAAAUCUAUGCGAACAAUCACUCGAAAUUAUUACUCAAAUUCUACUCAAAAAGCCAGAAACAUACUUAGAAUUUGGUGCUCAACAUAUAAUGCCAGCAAUUGAUCAAUUCGCUGCAAAAUACAAAGUGAAAGCUCUGUCACAAAGCUUUGCAAUCAUAGGAAUCCUAUUUUACCAUACAGGAGAAUCAGAUUUAGGAGAAUUAAUCGCAAAUUUAAUCAGAACACAAAGCCAGAAUGUUUUAAUCAAUCUGAUGGAAACAUUCUAUAACUUUGACAAUCUACCAUUCGAUGAAAACAUUGUUACAGCUCUUUUUUACAGAUUAGCCGAAGAAGACGAUAAUUCCGGCGAAGAAGAAGAAUAUAACUUGUCUUUGAUGUACCAAUACGUUUUACACAACUUAUCCUGCAAAUAUUGUGAUGAAGUCAACGAAAUUAUUAUUCCUUUGUUGACAUCAGAAGCAAAUGAUGCACAAGUGAUCAGAACAUUAUCAAUUAUUGAUAUAGAAACAGAUGACCCAUAUGCAUUCAUUCCUUUGUUCGUUCAACACUUAAAUGAUGAAUUAAGAGGAGAUUCAGUAUUAUGUCUUCUGAAUAUAUGCCAAUACGAUCCAUCCUUGUCGGCUUCUGUCAUCGAUGUCAUCAUGCCUUUGAUGCUGGAUGAUGAUUCUGACGUUAGAGACAAAGUUUACUUUACAAUGAAGGGAAUUCUGCCAUGCGAUAACGCCAAACCAGAUUGGCUUGUCCCAUUAUUCAAUGCUGUAAAGAGUUUGCCCGAAACGGCAACAGUAAUUCAGAUAUUUGCUCAAUACUUGGACUGCAACAUCUCUUUCAGGGAUGCAGAUAUUGCAGAACUAAUUGAGUACUUCGUGGAACCAUUCCUGGAUGAUAAUUGUGACCAUAUUCUUCAGCGGACAAUUGCAAUAAUUUUAUCUCAACUUUUGCAGAAACUUGAAUCGGAGUUUACCCAAGAUCCAGCUCCGAUCAUAGAGCGCGCAACUCAACUCUUAACAGUCGAUUUCAUCAUGUGCAACGAUUUAUAUGAAUCUCUUUGCGGAUUAGUUGACAAUCUGUACACGAAAGUCGGAUCAUCGAUGAAUGAACAGUCAUACUUCCACGAAUUCGUCGAUGCAAUGACCCAUGUUAUGCCUUCUCGCUGGAAUUCUCUUACAAAAGAAGAAUCUUUCUCUUUUAUGGCAAAUCUCGCAAAGAAUGCACCAGAACUAACAAGCCCAAUUAUAUCUAGAUGGCUUGUUGUCACUGCUUUUUGCUUGGAAAGAACGGCAAUAAAUAGUAUUGCGACAAUUUCAAAUUUCUGGAUUCAACAUAUACGGCAAUUUGAUAGCCAGCAUACCAUGGCUCUUACUUCAGGUGUUUGUAACACUUACGCUAAAAGAUUUGCAGAGGUUGAAUCAAUUGAGCCACUUUUUGAGUUAUUAUCACAUUGCGUUACACAUUUACAAGAAUUUGGACCAAUAGAACAGAAUAUCAUUGAUUUCUACAAUGCAUUACAUACUUCUUUGUAUCCACAAAACGAAUAA